ACAUGGAGAAGGCACGCGUCCAGGAAACUCUCCUCCACAGGAGCCGGGAUUGCAAGGAGCUAGUUGGGGAGAGCUUACCGGUGGGUGACGAGGUGAAGCGGCAGUUAUGGCUGGCCGGUCCGCUCAUCGCCGGCAGCCUGCUGCAGAACCUGAUCCAGAUGAUCUCCAUCAUGUUCGUUGGACACCUCGGCGAGCUGCCCCUCGCCGGCGCGUCCAUGGCCACCUCCUUCGCCACCGUCACCGGAUUCAGCUUGCUGGUUGGCAUGUCCAAUGCCCUGGACACUCUAUGCGGCCAAGCAUUUGGCGCCAGGCAAUAUCACCUCCUUGGCAUCUACAAGCAACGCGCCAUGCUACUACUCACUGUCGUAAGCAUCCCCGUCGCCUUCAUGUGGUUCCACACCGGACAAAUCUUCCUCUUGUUCGGCCAAGACCCUGACAUCGCCAAGGAGGCAGGCACGUACGCCCGGUGGAUGAUCCCGGGUCUCUUCGCCUACGGACUGCUGCAGUGCCACGUCCGGUUCCUGCAGUCACAAAACGUCGUGCUCCCGGUAAUGGUGAGCGCCGGCGCGGCCGCUCUGUUUCAUCUGUUCGUCUGUUGGCUGCUCGUGCACGUUGCCGGGAUGGGCGGAAAGGGUGCGGCUCUUAGCAACGCCAUCUCCUACUGGGUCUACGUGAUCUUACUGGCCGUGUACGUGAGGGUGUCGAGCUCUUGCCAGCAGACGUGGACCGGGUUCUCGAUGGAAGCCUUCCACGGGGCGCAUGACUUUUUCAGGCUCGCCGUGCCGUCUGCUCUCAUGCUCUGCUUGGAAUGGUGGUCGUUCGAAAUUCUUGUGCUGCUUUCGGGUCUUCUUCCAAACCCCAAGCUGGAAACAUCCGUUCUGUCGAUCACACUCAACACAGCUAACUGCCUCUUCAUGAUCCCCUAUGGCCUUGGCGCUGCCACAAGCACCCGUGUCUCGAACGAGCUCGGGGCGGGGCGGCCACGUGCAGCCCGCCUCGCCGUGUGGGUGGUCAUGGUCUUGGCCAUCUCGGAAGGAACUGUCAUGGGGAUGGUCGUGGUCCUCCUGCGCUUCGUCUGGGGCCAUGCGUACAGCGACGAGGCGAAGGUUGUAAGAUACGUUGCCAGGAUGCUACUGGUUAUCUCGGUUGCCAACUUCUUCGACGGAAUUCAGUGUGUUCUAUCGGGUGUGGCAAGAGGCUGUGGGUGGCAGAAGAUCUGUGCCUGUAUCAACCUCGGCGCGUUCUACUUAGUUGGUGUACCGGCAGCCUACCUCGUAGCCUUCAUGCUGCGCGUCGGCGGGAUGGGCCUUUGGAUGGGAAUCAUCUGCGGUAUUCUGGUGCAGGUCUUGGCGCUCGUGACCAUCACGCUAUGCGCCGACUGGGGGGAAGAGGCAACCAAGGCGAAGAACAGAGUCUUUGUGUCUUCUCUUCCAAUGGAUCUCCUCACGACAUGAAGAUGAGGACUUUGGGCAAUGAAGCAGCCAAAGCAGAGCGCACACUACGAAUUAACCAGCAAUGACAUUUGGUGCUGAGUAACAGUCACAGUGUGGAGUACUUUUUUGGGUAAGACGCGUGGUUAAUGAACCAAGUUCUCUAGUCUUGCACUGAGGUCGUGGGAGAAUGAACCAUGCAUUGACAGCUCGAUUCACUAUACCACAUGUUUUCUCUCUCUACGGUUCUGCCUUUGUGCUCAUCUCUCAUUGGGUUUUAGUAAUUAAUGAGAUGAAAAUUAAGA